GCUCCUUCCCAGGCUCCUCUGCGGGUAAACAGCGAUGGCCGACGACGGAGGCGGAGGCCAGGAGGACAACAUGGGGAACCACUUGCAGCUCAUUCCCGCAGAGAGUGAUGAAGAGGAUGAUGUUGAAAUGGAAGUUGAAGAUCAAGACAGCAAGGAUGCUGAAAAGCCAAACAUCAUUAAUUUUGAUACUAGCCUACCAACGUCACACAUGUAUUUAGGGUCUGAUAUGGAAGAGUUUCAUGGGAGGACUGUUCAUGAUGACGACAGUUGCCAGACGAUUCCAGUCUUGCCUCAUGUAAUGGUGAUGUUGAUUCCUGGACAGACGUUACCUCUGCAGCUCUUUCACCCCCAAGAGGUCAGCAUGGUGCGGAAUUUAAUCCAGAAAGACAGAACCUUUGCUGUUCUUGCAUACAGUAAUAUACCUGAAAGGGAAGCGCAUUUUGGAACGACUGCUGAAAUUUAUGCCUACCGCGAAGAACGGGAGUAUGGAAUUGAAACAGUUAAAGUAAAAGCUAUAGGAAGACAGAGGUUUAAGGUGCUCGAACUAAGAACUCAGUCAGAUGGAAUCCAGCAGGCAAAAGUGCAAAUCCUUCCUGAGCGAGUCUUGCCUUCAACGAUGUUGGCCGUUCAGCUGGAGUCCCGCAGCAGAUGCCACCUAUUUCCUUCUUCCAAGCCCAUAGCGUGGCAGGAUCAGCAUGUACAUCAAUGGCGGCAGAAAUAUCAAAAGCGGAAGUUCCACUGUGCUAGUCUGACUUCCUGGCCAUCUUGGCUGUAUUCCUUAUACGAUGCUGAAACCCUGAUGGAAAGAGUCAAGCAGCAGCUGCAUGAGUGGGAUGAAAAUCUUAAAGAUGAAUCACUUCCAUCAAAUCCAAUAGAUUUUUCAUACAGGGUUGCAGCUUGUCUGCCCAUCGAUGAUGCAUUACGAAUUCAGCUCCUCAAAAUUGGUAGUGCUAUUCAGCGGCUUCGAUGUGAGCUAGAUAUCAUGAACAAAUGUACAUCCCUAUGUUGUAAGCAUUGUCAAGACACAGAAAUAACCACAAAAAAUGAAAUAUUCAGUUUAUCCUUGUGUGGACCUAUGGCUGCGUAUGUGAAUCCACAUGGCUACGUGCAUGAGACCCUUACUGUGUACAAAGCCUGCAACCUGAAUCUGAGUGGCAGAUCUUCUACUGAGCACAGCUGGUUUCCUGGGUACGCAUGGACGAUAGCCCAGUGUAGGAUCUGUGGAAGCCAUAUAGGUUGGAAGUUUACUGCAACAAGGAAGGAUAUGUCGCCUCAAAGAUUCUGGGGACUGACCCGUUCUGCCCUGCUGCCAAGGAUUCCAGAAGCGGAGAAUGAAUCGGGUGAAGAAAAAACACCGUUGCUUUGCCUGUGACACCUUCUUUUUGGAUGCACUAGAAGCAGUUGAUGUCUCUUAAAUGAAUCUGCUAUGUGCUGCAUAUGUUUGAUUAUAUAUUUAAAAACCAGUAUAUUUGAGCUUCAGCAGAG